UGUUUCUUUAAGGUUGAAUUGUUUGUGGUUCAAGAUUUUCUGUCUGGUUCUAUCCACUUUAUCCACAAAGUGUGAAAGCUGCAAGGAAAAAGUAUUUGAAUUGGUUUAUGAAAGGAAAGCAGUUGUCAGAAACCUUAUGUCGCAUACAUCUCUGGGUUAAUCCUGUGCACACAGAUAGACCUUUGAUUGAUGUGUGACCAACAAAGCUUGCAGAGAUAUACUCCUUACAAAUAGAAUUCUGGUGCAAUAAUUGUGAUUGUUCUGAAAUCUUGAUAUGGAUGCUUCAGAGUUCCGAAAAAGAGGGAAAGAGAUGGUGGACUAUAUUGCUGAUUAUCUUGAGAAGAUAGAGAAAAGGCAGGUCUAUCCUGAUGUACAGCCUGGCUAUCUGAGGCCUCUUCUCCCACAUUCUGCUCCUGAGGAACCUGAAAUAUAUGAAGACAUCCUUAAAGAUGUUGAGAAGAUCAUUAUGCCUGGGGUGACUCACUGGCAUAGUCCUUAUUUCUUUGCCUACUUCCCUACUGCCAACUCUUACCCAGCAAUUCUGGCUGACAUGCUGUCUACAGGCAUUGGAUGCAUCGGCUUUUCUUGGGCUUCAAGCCCAGUAUGUACAGAACUUGAGACAAUAAUGCUGGAUUGGCUAGGCAAGAUGAUCAAUUUGCCGCCACAGUUUCUGGCUGAGAAGAAUGGACAGGGUGGUGGGGUGAUCCAGGGCACUGCCAGUGAGGCUACGUUGGUUGCAAUGCUUGCAGCUCGAACCAAAGCUAUCCAUCGUGUCCUAUCAGAAAAUGAAAAACUGAUUCAGGGGGACAUCAUGGGACGGCUGGUGGCCUAUACUUCUGACCAAGCUCAUUCAUCUGUUGAAAAAGAUAGCUUGAUUGCUGGAGUGAAAAUCAAACAGAUACCCACAGAUGACAAGUUUACUGUAUGUGGAUCAGCUCUAAGGAAGGUUAUAGACAAAGAUAAAGCUAAUGGUCUCAUCCCGUUCUUUUUUUGUGCAACACUUGGAACCACAACAUGCUGCUCUUUUGACAAGCUGCUAGAACUGGGUCCAAUUUGUAAUGAGGAGAAUAUUUGGAUGCAUAUUGAUGCAGCCUAUGCUGGGAGCUCAUUCAUCUGCCCAGAAUUCCGUUACCUUCUCAAUGGAGUAGAGUUUGCAGAUUCCUUUAACUUUAAUGCACACAAAUGGCUCUUAGUGAACUUUGACUGUUCUGUUAUGUGGGUGAAGAAGAGAUCGGAUUUAACAUGUGCCUUUAAAAUAGAUCCUGUUUACCUUAAACAUGACCACCAGGAAUCUGGACAUAUAACAGAUUAUAGGCACUGGCAGAUCCCUCUGGGACGACGAUUCCGUUCCUUGAAACUGUGGUUUGUGUUUCGAAUGUAUGGUGUGAAAGGACUGCAGGAAUACAUCAGGAAGCAUGUUAAGCUGGCACAUGAAUUUAAGGACCUAGUGCUUCAGGAUGACCGAUUUGAAAUUUGUGCUGAUGUCAUACUGGGACUGGUGUGCUUCCGAUUAAAGGGCACAAACAAACUUAAUGAAGCACUUCUUAAAAGCAUAAACAAUGCCAGAAGGAUUCAUCUUGUACCAUGUCACCUGAGAGAGAAAUUUGUGCUGCGUUUUGCCAUUUGUGCUCGCACAGUGGAGUCUGCCCAUGUCCAGUUUGCCUGGAAACACAUUGUGGAGUUAGCAAAUCAACUUUUGCAAGCAUAGAAACAGCAGCAGUAGUGGGUAAAAGAGAAGAAUUUGAUUCAUUUGAAGAUUUAAAGAAUGAUAACAGACAAACUUUAGUAAUAUUACAUGCCCUGAUAUGUCUUUACACUUGCAAAACUACCAGUAUCAAUGAUAUGCUGUAAUCAAACCCAAGAGGUAUAUAGAUAAGAAAACACUAACCACUGUGCUGAACUGGGGAUCUAUAAUCCUGCCAUCUGUUUUCUAAAAGUAGUCAACUAGACGUUUCAGGCAGGUCCUAAAUAAGCCAUAGAAAUGAUUGCCUCUUGUUUAUCUCCAGCAUCUGGUAUGCCAGGGUAUACAUGACCCUACCAUUUAACAAUGAUGUCUAAUAAUUGGAUAAAUUUUCCCUUCUUAGGUUUAUCUAGUCUAUCAUUCUGCCUAAACUAAUAACCACCACAUCUUGUGUUAGAUAGAAUUAGUGCAUGUGAAAAUUUGGGAAAUAGGAAUGAAAAGUCCUUGAUAAUACUGGGAGUACCCAGGAAAUAUUUUAGGAUGAAAAAAUACAAAUAUUUAUUGCUUUGUGCAAGACCAUUCAGCGGGGCUCCAUGUUAUCCCUAGCCACAAUGAGUAGAAAUAUAUAAACAGUGGGCCCUUGUUACCCACUGGGGUUUGGUUCCAGGACCCCUUGUGGAUGCCAAAAUUUGUGGAUGCUCAAUUGCCAUUAAAGACAAUGGGAUAGUAAAAUGGUGUCCAUUACAUAAAAUGGCAAAAUCAAGAUUUGCUGUUUAGAAUUUAUACUUUUUUCGGAUAUUUUCAAGCUGUGGAUGCUUGACUCAAUGGAUAAGAAAUCCAUAGAUACGGAGUAUACAUUUUUGGUGGGGUGUUAUAAAAACCUGUCUCAUCAGAUUUUUUCAUGUAAACGUGGUGAUUUUGCUAAUUUAGACAAAUAUUGAUGAUACAAAGUAAAUGAGAAUGGGGAAAGUGUUAAUAAGACAACUCAAAUACAUAUAGCAUCCUAGUUCUAAUUGCACCACAAUGGAGUAAAUUUAUUCAUGCAGUUGAAAUUACUGUGCGUUGGGCCAUAGGUCCAAAUUACUAUUAUGUUAUUAAAUGUGCUGGUGUGCAUUUUAUAGUAUGAAAUGCCAAUCCAUAAUUUAUUAAUCUGGAAUCCCUCAGUGGUGUUGACAUGAAAUGGGCCUCUUAGGAAAUGCUUAACACUCAAGAAUCUAUGCUAUUUUACACUCAGCUAAUAAACUAUAUCAGGACUAUAGUGCUUCAAACUGCAGUGAGGUUACAUCUUUGAAAUCUCUGUCAUCAAGGGUUGUCCUGCCUCCAGUGGGAAGUAAAGCACCUCCCCUGCUCAUGUGCCAGUGAUGUCUGGCCAUCCAAGAAGAAGGAUGCAGCUGAGCCUGCUAACCUGAAAAGAACCCAUGACUGUCCCUGCUGAUUCCCCCCCCCCCUUCAACCAUGUAGGAGGAGAAUCAGAGAAUGACAUUCAUAACCCAUGCUUUUCUACCAAAGAAAAGGAUGAAGUAGUGGAUCCCCACCCCUGAAAGUGGGAAGAGGAGAUAGAGCUGCAAAGCUACCACAGCUUUGCAGCUGUUGCUUGCAACCUACUUUGUCAACACCCUUGCUGUUUUCUGGCUGCCUGGCUUUGAGAAGUCCUCAAGCCAGGUGCUAUGGAAGGAAUGGUUGAGAAAAUUGCUGCAACACAGAAGAUUUACUGCCAUCCAUCCCACAGAGCCUGGCUCUGGGGAUCUAUCAGAUCCAGGUAGUGAGGAAGUUUCUGGCUGUGGGCAGUUGCAUGGACAGAGUAGUUGGGGCCUUGCCAGAUUGGAGAUGAGUGGGAUAUAGUUUUCCACCCUUAGUUUAAUGCCAUCUGAGGCAAGUGCCUCAUUAUAAUUCCUAUGGUCCUGUGGUAUUUGAAUUAUGGUGGUACAGUUGGCCCUUCAUACAUGGAUUUUUUAUACAUGGAUUCAAGCAUCCACGGUUUGAAAAUGGAACCAAACCUCAGCGUAUAACAAGGGUCAAAUGUAUUCAUAGGUUUUUCAUGGAACUUUAUUGAGAUGUUGCAGUCUGAUUUUGCAUUGUAUCCUUUGACUGCUUUUGCCACAUAUUUUCUUAGUAUGAAAGCCACACUGGGUCUUUUUUUUGUGUGUGUGUGGGGGGGGUCUUUUCAUUCCAUGAGUAGAACACUUUGUAGUUAUCUGAAUCAAAGUGUCCCAUUCCUAUCCAUUUUAACUCACUCACCCCUAGUACUGUUAUGUUCGCUUGUUCUAUUUCCAUUUUGUUAUGUCUAGCUUCCUUUGACUCAUGCUUCUCACAUUCCAUGUCCCUCUUUUAUGUGUGGCGCUGCUUUGGAUAGCAUAUCCCUUUUUGAGAAUGUCUUGCCAUCUCUGAUUCUUGUUAUCUUUCUGUUAGUGCUCUGAUCCUUUCUGUGUCUCACUUGAGAUGUCUCAUCACAGGGUUUUCUAGGUGAGAGGAUUAUGAAAAGAGGACCAUCUCCUCCUCCCUGUGCACAGUGCUAACAAGUGUUAGCUAUGGUGUAACUGUUGUUGUCUCACUUUAGUGUCACUUGCCACUUCUGUUGCUGAUGCCACUAUCCAGUAGCUGUUUGUUUGAAGCCUUCCCUCCCAUCUUAUUCCGUUGCCUCUGCUGUCCUGCAAAGUUCAGCACUGCAAGACCUCUAUUAACAAUACUGUGCUGGAUGUACAGCUGGAUGCAUAACAGCAUCCAGAGGUUUCUGGGCAAAAUCCCCCCCCCAUCAAUUGACUAUUUGCAGUGAUGUGGGAGGAAAGCUUCUUCUCCUGGUGUGAAAAAGUAGCUAGAUGGCAGCCGGGUGCACCCUUGCAACCAACUAGUGCUCAGAGGAGACAAGGCUUUGCUCACCCUUACACACUGGAAGAAGGUUCAGACUUGAGCUUGUGGCCACUGGCAAAUAGCUAUGCUGUUGGAAAUGUAUACUCUAGAAGCUGUUUUAUUGGAUCUUAGCCUAUGAAAGCUGAUGGCAAUGUUAAGAUAUGAAUAUUUAUAGGAUAAAAAUAAUUCAUCUGUCUUUUUUCUUUUUGGGUGAGAGUCCUAUAAAUUCAGAACAUUGAUUCUAAAUUAUCCUCUAAGUCCCUUCUAAUCCCCUUUGCUUCAGUAAAAUAAAACGAUAUAUCAGCUUUGUGGGACCUAAAUACUGUGGAAGCUAAGGAGGGAUACUCCUGAUUGGUACCUGGAUGGGAGUCUGUCAACCAAUACUAGGUGUUGUGGGCUAUAUUUCAGAGGAAAGAAUGAGCAAAACCAAAGCUGAGUAUUCCUUGCCUAAGACAAUCCUAUGAAAUUCAUAGGAUUGCUGUAAGUUGACAGACAACUGAAGGCGCAUAUACAUACAUGUCAGCUUCAGAGGUUUUGUGCAACCCUAUUUAAUACAGUAUCUGAAAGAAUCCAGAAAUGUAUCACAUCCAAUUUCACUAUUUAAAAAAUAUUAAAAUAGCUCAUUUGUUAAUAUUAGCUGUGAAUUAUGUUUUGUAAUUGAACAAUGUGAACUUUUAAAGUUGUGUGCCUUCUCUGUGUACCUUAAUCUCUCUUGCCUAUAAUGUAGUGAGUGCUGUUGUUAAGUGUCAUCCCUGGUUCCCACUUCUGGAGUCUAACUACAUGUGAGUUUCAACAUGUCACCUACAGUAAUGUUAGAGCUUUCCUUUUAAUUAAACUAAGCAAGAUAACAAUGCACAGAGAGUGUUUUAACACAUUCCUUCCUCACUGCAGUCCUGAUAAAAGCCACCCAAUAGUACAGGUAGAGAUAGAAAGUGUAACCAGUGGAAGUUUUUUUUAAAUGGUAAAUUUUAAAAAAAAUAUUGUAGAGGUUUUUUUUUAAGUGGAUUUUUAUUUUAGGAUCACAGUGAAAGCGGGAAGGACAGAAGCACCUUUCUUGUGCACUGUUGCCACAGUGCAGAUCAGGCUUCUGAUCCAUCAUGCUUGGUUUUAAUUUUUUUAAAAAACAAAAAAGAAAAAAAACAAAUCCACAAAUCUUUGUGUUGCUGUAAAUGAUAUGUGAUGCAUUGUUUGGUUCAAAUGCCCUAUUUUCUUCCUGGAGGACUCCUGGCUUUUACAAGAGAGGAUUGAGAGGUUAUUUGAUCGCCACCAUUUUAGGAAUUCUCAGGUAGACGAAGGAACAAGCUUUAUUUUUCUUUAUUUCUUUUUUUUUUUCUGCUCCAGAGAGUAGGGGUGUACUGAGGAAUUAAAGAAGUUGGACACCACUUUAACUGCCUUGACUUAUCUUACAGAAUUAUGGAAUUUGUAGUUUGGUGACGCACCAGAACUCUCUAAUAGACCAUGCUGAAUACCUCACCAAACUACAAAUCCCAGGA